GAUAUAAGACCAGCUAAAUCUCUGGGACCAACAGCACAAGCAAGUGUGCUCCUGGAAGCAAAUUCUCUUUUUAGAAUUUUUCGGUACAAAAAAAACUUUUCAAAGGAAUUUCAUUUGUAGAGCUCUUGUAUGGAUUUUUAUGUUACUGGUCUUGUUUUUGUGUUUUAAUAUUCUAAUUUGGCAUCUGGGUUUUAAAUCAUUUCAGCAUAUGGGCCGUUUCUCUUUUGAAAGAAAUGUCUUCUAAGUUAGUUUCAUUUUUCACAAUGGAUUUUUGGUUAAGAAGAACGAGAAUAUUUUAUCAGUGAACCCAGAGGACAUACACUGACUCUCUACUGCUACAUUUUAUUGUCAUUUUAAAUAUAUUGUCCUCCUUCAAUAUAUUGCUAAAAAAAAUGGAAUCGCUGGACUUGUCUGUUACAGAUCUUGUUCAGAAUAUCUCAUUUGGUUUCUUCAAUGACACCCUAGACUAUGAGGAUGACGUUCCUACAAGCAUCUCCAAAGUCCUUAUGGCUGGACUCUACUGCAUGGUUUGUGUGUUGGGACUUGCUGGAAACUCAUUGGUUAUCGCCAUCAUUCUCCACUUGGACAAGAUGAAAACUGUGGCUAACAUUUAUAUCUUUAACCUGGCCGUGGCUGACGGCUUGUUCAUGCUGGGGCUUCCCUUCCUGGCUCUACAGAUGUUCCUCAACCGCUGGAUAUUCGGCAGUUUCAUGUGUAAACUGGUCAUGAUCCUGGACGGGAUCAACCAGUUCACAAGUGUCUUCUGCUUGACUGUCAUGAGUGUUGAUAGGUACUUGGCCGUGGUCCAUCCCAUCAGAUUCUCCAAAUGGCGCUCUCCAAACGUGGCCAAGAUAGUCAGCAUCCUCCUGUGGUUCUUCUCCUUCCUGCCGGUGAUUCCCAUGGGCAUCUAUUCCAGAGUGGAGUUCAGUUUGUGCGUUUUUGUUCUACCAGCUCCCUACGAGACCUGGUCUGCUGCCUUUAUGAUCUACACCUUUGUGCUUGGAUUUGCCCUGCCCUUCAUUGUAAUCUCACUGUGCUACAUGUUACUGGUGGUAAGAUUGAGGACUGCCCUCAUAAACCCUUACACCAGGGAGGCAGAAGUCUCAGAGAAAAGGGUAACCAAGAUGGUGGUCACGGUAGUGUUGGUUUUUGCCAUUUGUUGGCUGCCAUUUUACAUCAUGAAUUUCUGUUUUCUCCUGAUGCCAUUGGCUACCACUCUGUCCCUCACCAGGCUCUUUGAAUUUGUGGUUCUUCUCUCAUACUCAAACAGCUGCGCCAACCCCAUAUUAUACGCAUGCCUCUCAACAAAUUUCAGGAGGAGCUUCCAGAGGAUUCUGUGUCCCAAGAAGAGCGGCAGGAGCGUCCGGGAGGAAUCAAGUUUGGAAAACUACCAGCUCAAUGACCUGCCUGAAUCUUGAGUGACCUUAUCCAGCGGGGAAUAAGAGGAAGAGACCUUAGACAUCUACUGUAAUCACAGCAAACAUUAACAUGGACUUCAGUAGAUAAAGGUUUGGUAACUGUCUACAGUAAGUUUUGAUACACACCUGAAGAAAGUGCCAUUGUUAUUUUUCAUGUGGUUUUAGACUAAAUUAAAUUCUCAUGAUCCAUAAUUUAUUGAUUAAUUAUACGGUGUGCAGCUGGUCUGUGGCUACUGACGAUUAAAGCUGAAACUAUCACCCAAUAAAAUUUCUAUAACAGAUGUAACACGCUUAGCUUAUGCAUCAAGCGAUUGUUAGAAAACAUUAGACCAUUAAUGCCAGCUGCUGUCUUUAAGAGUGAAGGACUUCAGAUACAAUGGGUUUGCUUCUAGGUUCUGGGGAAAACAUUGGAGAAAACAAAAGAUCCUAGAAAAUAAAAUAAAAAAAUGAAACAUUCUUAUUCCCAAGAGGAAACACUCGAGUGCUGAUCAUUCUGUUAUGAGUACAGGUUCAAGGGAGCACUUGGGUGUUGCCCUGUUACUUGGACACAACAGCUUUAAAAUCACUGUUACUAAUGAGUGCAAAACUCUAUGGAUGCAGGGUGCUUUGAAGAUUGGUGUCAUUUUAUUGUGCAUUUUAGAGCAGAGUUGUUUUUUUUUCAAAGUGUUGGAACCCAAGUGUGUAAUUUUCUCUAAAUGAAAAUAAAAAGGUUGUGUCUAUCAGUCAAGGGCUUUUACGGUCACAAAAACACUCUAGGGUAAUGCCUUGGCCAUCCUUUCAAUCAUCAUAAAUGCUGCCAAGAGACCCUGUUUACUGCCCCUCUGAUCAGGCAGCAAUGAUGUAUUCUUGUGUUAUAUCCAAUGCAUUGAUCUGGCCACACAUGAACCAUAUUGAUGUAUGUAUGAUGUUUGUAAGAGUUUAGUUUGAUUUUUUUUUUAGACUUAAAAUAAUGUAUUGUAACUUGAUUGUAGUUAAAUGGUUUCCUUCAUAUAGAGAUGCUGUGGGGUGUGAGAGUGCAAACAUCAGGUAACACCACAAGUUAUUACUUUAUUUAGCAAUUAUUAUUUCCUUUUUUAGAGUUUUUUUUUAUUUUUUAAUUAAAGAUCACGUUUCUGUAAUGGCAUAUGAAGCGACAAGGGCUGUGCAGGGAAGGAAAAUAUAUUUUGUAUGGAUAUUAAAAUUUGAAAUCAGUAUUUUUUUCAAUUCAAAUAAAAUUAAAAUAACAAGCUCCUGGUGUAAAAUGCACAUACCUUGUGUUGCCUUGUCUAAUAUGCACCCCUUGCUUAAUGUCCUAUUAAAAUAAUAUAUAGUAUACUUAAUAAAAUACUAUUACCAGAAUGCACACAUUGUUUAUAACUCACAAGACAAUUAUAGCACACAGAAAUUCUCCUAAUAUUUGUAAAAGGGUGCAUGUUAUAUUAAAAAAAAAAAUCAUAAAAAGAGAAGAAACUGGCAUGAAUGUAAUACUUUUUUUCAAGCAAAGCAGCAGUCCAAUGCUGCACUAAUCAGUCUCAGUAUUCAUCAAUGAUUAAUCCUUAAUAAGAACAUUGUUCAUUGGUGACACAAGCUUCUUCUUGUAUCAGAUGAAGACAAAUGAAAAAAAAACUUCCAUGUUAUUAUCUGGAAAAUUAAUUAACAGCAGUACGCAGCCCACUUCUUGAAAUUCUGUGUGCCAGAAGCGAGAACUAUCUGUAACUGUAUUAGUCAUUUGUUUUGAAAAUAUGUGCUCUUCACCACAUAAUAAACCCUGAUUGCCUUUAUAUAUUAUAUAUCAUUCAACGUGUAACAUGAUGUAAUAGUAUAUAUGUAUAUCUCUAUGUGUAU